AUGGCGAAUGAGCUGAUUUUGGUUAUGGCUAUGGCUAUGGUUAUGGUUGCAUUUGCAGGCUGUGUUACUGCAAGAACUGCCCCAAAUGAUGGGGCGAAAAGCGUCAGUGACCAAAAAAACUUCGUCAACUAUGGUGGGGUUGGUGGCUUUUCUGGCAUUGGUGACAGCGGACUCCCCUUUGGAGGGGCUGGGGGCGUUGUCGGGUUCGGCGGUGGCAGUGGCAUUGGCGGACUUGGAGGGGGCGGUGGCAUUGGUGGACUCGGAGGGGGUGGUGGCUUAGGUGGGCUCGGCGGUGGCAUUGGCGGACAUGGAGGGGGUGGUGGCUUAGGCGGGCUCGGUGGUGGCAUUGGCGGACAUGGAGGGGGUGGUGGCUUAGGCGGGCUCGGUGGUGGCAUUGGUGGAUACGGUGGGGGUGGUGGCUUAGGCGGGCUCGGCGGUGGCAUUGGUGGAUAUGGUGGGGGCGGUGUCGGAAUUGGAGUUGGUGGAGGAUUUGUUAAGAUCCCUUAA